AUGCCUGUGAGUGCAUCAAGUUGUGCUGUAGAGAAUAAUAACAUGAUUAUUUUGGCUCUCCCGCUGGAAAUCGUGUCGUAUAUUUUCAGAUUUCUGCCAGCUUCGGAUUUAAAAUGUGCAGCUCUUGUUUGUUGUCAGUGGUCUAAAGCUUCGCAGGAUCCCAUCUUGUGGAGAAACGUUUCUGUCAGUCUUGGAACACGACGAGAAAGGUUUUCCCAUCUGUUAGUGGACAGCCUUCAGAGACGCUGUAUCCAGCAUCUGAGAUUCAAGCAUAUGACAACUGCUGCUCAAAUUCUUCAAGUUUGUAAGCAAGUUGGAUCAAAUCUUAGAGAGUUGUCUCUGCAAGGCUGCAGAUGCGUCAAUGAUAACUUACUCGAGAUACUAAGUAAAUACUGUCCUAAUCUUGUACGUGUAGACUUGAGCCGAUGUAGGCAGCUUGACGUGGCAAAGAAUGUGAUUUGGUUGGACAAGUGUACAAAUGUUUGGAGACAUUUGACUGUCUUGGAUUUGAACGCUUGUAAAGACGUAUCCGAUGUGUUUGUUUCAAAAGUAGCUGAUUUGUUGCCCAAUAUCGUGGAUUUUAGUAUUUCUGGCUGCAAGGGCAUUGGAAUUUCAACAUGGCAUAAGAUGGCGAAGAAGUUGUCAUCUCUGAAACACCUUGACAUCAGUCGAUCUGAUAUUACGGAUGAAGUGAUGCUCAAAUUUUCUCAGAUACCUGAACUAAAACUUAUAGGGAUAAAUCUAACAGCUUGCAAACAUUUGACUGAUAAUGGCAUAGUAUCACUGGUGAAAUACCAGACGUCACUUGAGGUCCUAAAACUUGCUUGUGUGGAUAUUACAAAUACCACAUUAAUCUGCAUUGGCAAAUACUUGCACUGUCUAAAGGUGCUGGACUUAAAUAGUUGCAGACAACUCACAGAUGGGGCAUUAUUGACUGUCAACGCACUUUUAAUCAACUUACACUCACUGAACUUCUAUUCAUGCUACCAGCUGUCUAACAGUGGCCUAGGAAAGUUCUUAUGCUGGACACAGGUACACUGAACUUACUCAUAUACAUUUAAUCACUCACCAGGGCCUUAAUUGUCAUGAAGGGAUUAUUGUGCACCUAUCACAAUACACUUUAUUUUCUGUUGGCUUAUGCACCCAACAAUUUUUUUGCUUAUGUUUUUGUUUUUGUUUUGUUUUGUUUUGUUUUUUUUAACUAGAAAGCCAUUACUUGCUUUUUCUUGAUUUAACCAGCUUGCCUUGCAUUUUCACAACAUCUCACACAGUUACCAGUCAUCUAUGUGACACUUAAGCAUCAGUGGUAUGUUUUACAUUCAUGUCUAAGAAGAAAUUCAUCCCAUAGUAGUAACCACCUCCCCUUACACUGUGUAAACACGAGCUUACAUAUAACUUUUACCUCACAGAAACGUGCUUUAAGAGGUACUUGAUCAAGAAAUGGUGCUUGAUAUCAAAAUUUCAGAGUUUUUCUCUACAGUUAGACCUCGAUUUGUGUCCUAUGAGUAAGGUAGAAUACUGAAAAUGCUUUAUCAUGCUUUUUUUUAUCUUUCUUUUUUUUAAUGCAGGGUACAAAUCACAAUGUCCCUUUAAAAGUCCUUGUAUUAAAUGGUUGCAGCACUCUGUCUGAUGAGUUAGUGUUGCGAUUUUCUACAGUCCUGAUCAAUCUUCAAGAACUUGAUCUGAGCUCAUGUCUUCAUGUAACUGACAGUGGAUUGUCUGCCAUCACUAGCUCACUUAUUAAACUGCAAUCACUUCGGCUCAGUUGGUGUAUAAACAUCACUGAUAAUGGUUUGAUUGGCUUUGUUCCCUCUGAGCAAAACCUUGCUGAUGUCUGCCAUAACAAGGAUAAAUGUUCCCAUGCAGAAAAAUUUAAAAAGGAAGGAGGGACUGCACAAAGUAAGGUAUGCAUAUAGUUAAUAAAGGGGGGUAAGUUCUGCAUUGAUGGAAGAGUAUAACAAGGUAAUUUGCAUAUAUUGUUAUCAGCUGAGUUGAAAAUGUAAUUUGGCCACCGUAAAGACUUUAAAGGCUGACAUUUCAAGCAUUAGCACUUUGUCAGAGCGAUUGAUGAAGGGCUGACACUCAAAACGUCAGCCUUUAAAUUCUUUAUGGUGGCCGAUACCUUUUCAACUCAGUUGAUAACACUAAAUUACCCUGUUAUCAGUGCAUACUGUCAGCGAGGGUGGUAAAGAGUUAAUAUGUGAUGCAUGGAUUUUAUAGAAAUGCAAGCAUGAUGUGUAAAAUUUGAGGUGAGGUGUGAUUUGCCUCUUGAAGUAUAUGUGACCCAUGACUAUUUUUCUUUCAUUUUGUGAAAAUAUCAAAUUUUUUCCUGAAAUCUCACACUCAAAAAGAGAGAUUUGAAGUUUCCGAAUUUAAAUCUGUGAUGCAUGAAUUGCUGAUCAAAGUACACACAGUGUUUGAAGUUUUUUAAAAUUUGCAUGAAACAGGAUCAGAACUUCUCCUUUAUCUCUCAUACUUACACAUGGCAAGGAAAAUAUUUUAAUACUCCAUGUAUGAUUCAUAUUAAUUUUCAGAAUUUUUGUGUUUCCUCUCCAGGUGCCAAAAGGAAUAAAGAACCUAGAACAACUGAAACUUUUGGACAUUAGUCACUGUACAUGUAUCACAGAUGGAGGCUUAGGAAGCAUUUGUCAGCUAAGGAACUUAACCACGCUGAAUAUAAACAUGUGUACACAGGUACAGUUUAUGGUCACAGGACUCUAAUCACUCACUUCUUUAAUGAUAUGAUGGCAAAAGAGAAAAACUCCACAAAUAAUAAUAAUAAUAAUAUUUAAUACUUAUAUUGCGCUUUUUCUAUAAAAAUACUCAAAAGCGCAUUACAAUAUUAUUAAAAACUAAAUUAAAACCAGUAAAAUUACUCGGUAAAAUUACAAUAUUACAAUAUUAACAUUAUAAUAUUAAAAAAAUAAAAAUAAUAAAAAUAAAAAUAAAUAAAUAAAUAAAUAAUCUAACUAAAUAUGUUAAUAAUCUAAAUAAAUAUGUUUUAACAGAGCGUUUAAAAGAGUCGAUUGAUGUUUCCUGUCUAAUUGGCAGAGGAAGACUGUUCCAUAAAAAGGGGGCAGCCAUCGAUAACGCGCGAUCUUCCAAGGUCUUCUUUUUCUUAGCUGAGGUCUUUCUAACAAUAUAAAAAAAAUGCAAAAAUGCAGGGAAAAGAGUAAAUUCCCCUAUCUUCUGUCUAACCCCCCAAAAAAAAAAAAAAAAAAAAAAGAGAAAAAAGGAAGAGUUUGAGAGACUUAAAGUUUCACUACUCAUCUCCCUCCAACCUCAUUUUGGGCUAUACAUGUACCUAUAUUCAAUUUUGUUAACUUUUUUCUUGCAAAAAUAGUCACAUCCUCCACACUGUAGAAUAUGCUUUAUAAGGUAGCAAUGAAGACUUCAAAACUUACAUUAUACACUUGAUAACAAAGAAACCGAUCAUUGUCAGUUGGAGGAAUUGUUAAAUUGUGAAGCAUUCAGAUUGUUCAGGGUUAAUUUUGUUCUAGCUCUCCCAGCAUUGGCUAUUCUUGACUUUCACUUUGCUUUUGGUCACAGAUUACAGACAGUGGAUUAGCUGAUGUUGCUGAAAAUCUCCACACUCUAGAACAGCUGACAUUCAGUGGAUGUACAUCAGUAACUGACAUGGGUGUUUCCUUGGUUGCAAUUCACCUGCAGAGGCUGGUAGCACUAGAUGCAUCUAAAUGUGACAACAUCACUGAUAAGAGCGUCAUGGACUUAGCAAUACAUGGGCGUAAUUUAACCCACCUAGAUCUGAGCAUGUGCAGUCAGAUUACAACAAAUGCUGUUGAUCAGUUGGAAGAGCAUAUUCCAGGUCUUGCCUCACUACAGUUGAGAUAUUCUGGGGCAAGACUUUGCACUAAGGUGUACGCCCUAUAG